AUGUAUGGUAGGUACGAGUAUACCUGGAAGAAGAUGGAAAUGGUUUCUGAAGCAGGAGAUGUGCCCAAUUCGUCAAGGUCAACAAAUGAAGAAAACGCCCGAAACAGCACCAGUGAAACGAGAGAGCUGCCUCUCAUGUCCUUGGCGAUGUUGAGAAGGGCGAUUGGCGAUGAAAUCUCCUCCCUCGACAUAAACGAGAUGAGGCGACGAGUCUAUGCAGGAGUGCUUUUGAAGGACAAAGAAAAGCAGGGCGAGGCAAAAAAGGAACAGCUAUAUACACACAAGUAUUGGGUUCACAAGGAGCUCAACAAGAACUGCUUGAUGGUUCUGGCUUCGGCCUUAUCGAUCACUUGGGGCAACGAUGGAUGGUACUGGAAUUGGCCAGAAAGGCAGGAAUCAUGCUAUUCGGGCAACAUAGAUCUGCCUAUCGCCAAGCUAGAAGCAGUUGACUGGCUAGAAAUAAAAGGAACAUGCAAAACGGUCAUGCUCUCUCCAAGGACUACGUACGAAGUCGCGAUAGUCGUGAGAAUGAUCCGGCUAAGCUUCGGAUGGCAAGAUCCGGUGAACCUCGCUCUCGCUCUGCCGGAUGGAAACAAGCAGGGAAGUACGGCAAGGUUGGACGAAUUAGAACAGGACGAGUGGACUGAACUUAAAAUUGGAAAAUUCGAGUUAACCCCCAAAACCGUCGGCGAAAUAAGCUUUUCCCUCUGGGAACAUGGUGAGCAUUUGAAGGGCGGCCUCUUCAUCAAAGGCGUUGUUUUCAAGCCAAUAACAGAGAUAGUGAAUCAAGGCUCAAGCGUUUGA